GUCGCGCCGGAGGUUUUUGGUUAUCUUCGUUCAGAAUGUUGCCUUCACUUUCCAAAACCUUCUGUACUUCCAUUUUCUUAUCGCAGCUGAGAGAUUGAAAUAAAGUAGUUUCACAACGUCCUCAGGAGGACGACUCUUUCUCUUCUCGAGUGAUAACUCCUCGUACCAGAAUAAUCCCACUUCCCAUUUUGUCACCAAAACUACAUGUGUAUUGAAAAAAGGUAAAGAUGAUAAGGUAUUUCGUACCAUCAACCACUCGAUGGUAUUGGCAGUAGGUUCAUCUCCCGACAACUAGCGACACGUCAGCUAAUCCCUAAAAAAAACCAUGACGCUCCAGCUGACUAAGCACUGGGCCUGCUACCCGCAGGACCAGUAUGACACCAAGGUGAAAGCGACGCAGAACCAGGCCAUGAUGUUUAACCACAGAUUAGCCGCCCAGCAGCGGGCGAAAAAGCUUUUCGGGAAAUAUAAGCGGGAAGGGAUGCAGAAAUCCUUUGCGUGCGUUCUAAUGUGUUUCAACGCGGAGGGCCAUCCUUGCUUGAUUUUGAAGAAGAAAAAUGAUGGGCGCUUGAAGUUGGUCGGGGGGAAGAUAAAAGUCGGCGAGUCCACGGUCGAAAAAGCACUGUACAGAAAAAUGAAAGACAUCGUCUUCGGCGGCCCAACGAGCUGCCAGAUGGGGGAAUUGCUCAGUGUCUGGUAUUACAAUGAUUUAGUACGGUUGAUGAUAUUUUGAUCCGUUCUGUAAAUGCUGCUAUAACUAUUCUUUCGCGAAAUGUUCAUGUUGAUAAAGGAGCUCCUUUUAUUGAGCACGAAAUGAUCUGAAAACGCAAAACUUCGUACUAUACGGUCGGCGGCGGGUUGGUGGCUUCUCUUGUAGAAGUUGGCCCUUAUACCUGUCCUCCUCUAUCCCAAUGGUACUAGAGCAAGUUACAAUGAGAUCCUUAUAUGCUCGGAGUGUGUCCUAGCCGUAUCGCUUCUAGGCGCUUUCGUGGCUUCGAUUAUGCUCAGCUCCUAUCCAAAAAGAAGGGCGUCGAGUGUCUCAUACAAGUGGCAAGAUCAGAUGAACACUGCUUUGAUGCUACAAGAUUUUAAUUCCCAACAUAUGCAAUGUGUGCGAAUACAAAUUUUAUAGUCUAUCUCUAUGCAACACAAAUCUGCAGGUACCGUCCGAAUUUUGAUGAGCUUCUUCUGCCCUACCUCCCGCUGCACGAAAACCGACCAAAGGAGCGCGUAGAGGUGUUAUCCUGAGUAAAAACGUACCCACACCAUAGUUGUCAUGCGACUCUGCAUGCUUAAAAUGUUUCUCAUGCGGAGCCCCAUGAGAAGCAUUUUCUAAUGCGGUAUUGAAAUUUGUCAUGCUCCAAUCAGCACGAGAUACUAGAUCUGUAAUGUUGCUGAACUAGCUCAAACAGCACUACACUACGCGGACAAACUUGUCAUGCCAAACAACCAAAGCUGGCUGAUUUGUCUAGCAGAUUCCCCAUCCUGACUCUGGUGUGGGUACGUUUUUACUCAGGAUAGGUGUACCAAGUUGUUCUUCCCGAGAAGUGCAUACUACAAACCGGGUCGCCAUUAUGGAGAGAAAAAAGUUUAUCACAGUCACUAAUUUGCAGGGUUUGCAUUACAAAUUUUCUUAGCAUCACAAAUUUUCCUUGUAUUGCAGAAACACUAGGGAAAUCCCUGAUAAAGUUUGGCUGCGAUGCAUUUUUACGCAUGACAAACAGUUCUGUAUUGCAAAAAUGCGCAUGAGUGAUCGUGACGAACUUUUUUUGUUUGAUAGCCAUUGGAGGUGGUACCUUUGCACGAGUUGUCGCUGUUGCACAACGAGUGUCCGAUUUUGGCAAGUCUUCCCGCGGCAAUAUCAAGGUUUGCUUUGAAUCGGAUGGAGAAAGAUACGGAAGCCGCCAGUGGGCUUCCACCCGGGGCGGGGGCGGCAACGUAGAAGAAUUUCGAGCGACAGUUCUGUCGAGGAGGUUGAGCCUUUUGUUCCCUUCUUGUGUGAUUUUCUUUCGCGACGCGCAGAGUGCGGAUGAAAAUGAACGAGCGAAAAAGAACGAAUAUCAAAGUGUAUCAGUUUCAUGGAAAAGAGACAUACAAAACAAAGUAGCACAGAUGAGGCCAUUCUCUCUGGAUGCAAAUAAGGCAACAUGUUGACUAUAGUUCCCC